CUCACAGACAGACAAGCCAGUUCAGUUGUGCAGCGGCUGCCGGACGGGGAGGGCGUGUGCGUGGUAGCCUCUGUCUGGGCCUCAGUGAGUGACCUGUUCUUUACCUUCGCCGCUUCGCUCCCUGAUCUCCAAGCGUCUGUGGAGGUUACAGGAGGUGCGGGAAAGGGUGUGUCUCCCCCUCACACGUGGCGGUGCUCUGAGGGCGUGAGGGAAGCACAUGGCGUAGAGGAAAGAUUGCAGGAGUGGUGUGUAGUGUUACUUGUGGUGUGGUGAGUGUGGUGGAUUAUGUGAGACGCCACGAAUAUGUUACUCAAGAAAGGCACACCAGACGGCACCUCCGCGAGUGGCAAGAGGUCCUCGUCCUCUACUACUAAUACUACUACUACAGCUGCGCCUACUGCUGCUACUACUGCCGGAGAGAAAAAGAUGCUGCAGGCUAACAGCGAGGACGUGCGCCAGAGCCUGGACGUGCUGGACAGGAUCCUGUCAGAGUUUGAUGACGUGGGCACGGACACCACCGAGGACGGCUGCAGCAGUGAUGUUGUCCCCGACGUGGGCCCCGCCACGCCGCCCCCUGUGGACCGCUCCCUCAAGCCCCGCGACGCCGCCCCUGAGCUGCCCCGCAAGACUCGCACCGGCAGGCGCGGGUCGGGCAGCACCUCACCCUCCAGCCACGAGUACCAGGAGAUUAGCCCCGAUGUGGCCUGCCCCGCCCCGCCAAUGGCUGAGGCUCCCGCCCUGCUCACCUCGCCCACUGCCCGCGGCGGCCGUCGUCAGCUGUCCGAGGACAGGAUGCGUGGUAGACGCCAUGAAGAGGACAGCCGCCGCCAGCCACGGCGCCAGCGCAGCGAGGACGCCAGGCUGCGGCGCGACGACGUGUCCUCCAGCUCUGGUGACCUGCCGGGCCACGACCCGCGCCGCGCCCCGCGAGACGGCAGCCGCGGUAGGUCGCGAGAGAGUGUGCGUGGUGGUGCAGGACGCGAGGCGCGCCACCUGAGGAAGAGCCGUUCAGGAGAGGUAGAGACGCGGCGGCCUGAGCAGCAGGAGGCGCGACGGCGACGGUCCAGGUCCUCAGACCGCUGGCUGGACCAGCCGCUUGCAGACCCCAUGAUGGACCGGCGGCUGUAUGACGCGGGGCCUUACGAUCCCCGCCUGUACGACCCCCGCUACGUGGACCCGCGCCUCAUUGACCCCAGCCUGCUGGACCCGCGCCUGCUGGACCCGCGCUACGUGGACGAGCCGUACCCCUACCCACUCCCGCAGGACCCCGUCCGCUUCCCACACCUGAUGCGGUACCCGCCCAUACCCGGCGGCCCCGGCUCCCCGGGCACGCUGUCCCCCGUGCCCCCGGGUCACCCUGUGGGCCCGCCCUUCGUGCCCCUGGACUACCCGCCCUACCGCCUGGGCCACUACGACCUGGCCUAUCCCGGGGACCCCAUGUUGCUGCCCUUCAUGGCACCCCCUGGGCCCUACCCUCCCGAGCCCCCGCCCCCAGACUACCUCCACCCCGCAGACUGCCUGCCGCCACAAUACCUGCCCUACCCCCCGCCGCCCCCCGGCCUUCCUGGUGGCCUUUGGGGCCCCGUCCCCCACCUCCCUCGAGAAGACUGGCCGCCCCCUUCACCAGAACAGGCGCAGCAGCUCAUCCAUAGCGUUGUGAGAAAUCCGAAAGUGAGAGGAAUGGAAGAGGAAGAAGAGGAAGAAGAGGAAGAGAGAAGAAGAGAACGAGAACCUCUUUUCCACUCUAGCAUGAGACCGACGGGGCGAAGACUGACCUCCAUCGGCCACUCAGACAGUUCAGGCCUUUCGUCACCCAGCGAGGAGAGGCGACACUCCGGGAGGCGAGGCUGGUGGGGCGAAGGAGGAGGAGGAGGAGGCGGAGGAGGAGGAGGAGGAGGAGGCGGAGGCGGAGGAGGACAUUUGCAGCGUGACGCCCCUUCGGAGUUCCGCGUCGGGGAGGCAGUGAGAGGCGCCAGUCCCAGGCCCGUCAAGGGUUCAACGUCCCUGCCUCAUUUCUCCUCCGGGAAGGACAGCGGCUUCGAGGAGGCUCCCGUGGCGGCAGAGGACGGCGCGGGGCAAGGUGGCCGUGUGAGUCGCUCCGGCGGCGCCUUCAUUGUGUCCGGCGUGUUCAACGACUCGUCCAGGAUGUUCAUCCCGGCGCCACCCUCCCCCACGCCAGACUACGACGACGACAGCGGCUCCGACGGCAAUGAGAGUGACAUCCUGCAGGGCUCGCAGUUCUAUGUGGUGAGCACGGAGGACGCGGACGGCGGCAAGAAGAAGCUGGCGAAUCGCGACUCUCUCAGCGACGACAGCUUGCAGAACGCCCCCGCGGGAGCCUCGGGAGGAGCGGCGAAGGAAAAGUCUUCCACUGGGUCCACGCCGGGCAAGGGCCAGCCGUCCACGCCGCUCCAGACCCUCAUGAAGGAGUUCCAUCACGGCCUGCCACCCGUAGACUACGAGAACGGCUUCUCUGACGACUCCCUGGAGGACUCCACCACGGCACCCUCCACCACGGCACCCUCAGGCUCCGCGCCGCCCGACACACGGCACGCCAGGCACACCUCGGAGGAGUCCCUGGCGUCCCUGGAGGGCUCCACUGCCUCCUUCGACUACAUGCACGCCAACGAGGCGCGGGGCUCCGUGUACGACAAGGCGAGGCCGGCGCCGAGCGAGGGUGGCCAGCGGGCGAGCGGCGGCGGCAAGGACAAGGACAAGAAAGACGCCAACGGCAAGGCGAAGAAGAGUGGGGCGACAUCGCCAGAGAAGGGCGGCGCCGUGCGGGGCGCCACCAGGGCUGACAGUGCCGACUCCGGCAGCGUCAGUAGGCAGAGCUCGCGGGAAAGCUCCCAGAGUUCAGGUUCAGGCGGCGCCAAGCCCCUAGAGAAGUUUGAGGCGAUAAAGCACAUGCUGAAGGAGGGCCUGAUCGAGGGCCUGGACGAGGCGCCGCCGGAGUUCAAGCCGCCGCCGCCCGCACACAGGCGGGACGAGCGUGCGGACAGCGGCCUGGGUACCAAGAUUGACGAGAGUGACCGCUCUGACCUGUCCGGCACGCCACCCUCCCUCACCUCGCCGCCCGGGGCAGAGACGCGCCGCGCCGCCUCCAAGAAGGAGAAAGACACCAUCUGCAGCCGCGUCUCCAUCGCCUCAGACGACGCCGAGAAGAACAGAGACGAAGGAGACGAGGUGGAGAUCCUCAUGAAGGAGACGAUGGAGGUGCCGCCCACGCCGCCGCCCCGCGAUGAGUCCAUGCAUUGGACGCCGCGGGUGCGGGGCGUGGCCAGGUCAGUCCCCUCCACGCCCAGCACUUCAAAAAUCACUCCUGCGUGGCAUCAGGCCCCGGAGGUGCCGCCGCCCCUUCCGCAGCGGCCGUCUGAGCGAGCAACGCAGGCUGACGACAUCUACGGGCAGCACGAGACCACGGAGACCGGCAGCGAGGUGAGCAGCGCCAUCAACGGGUCGCUGGCCAGCCAGUACAGUGGCCACGACGCCGACAAUCCGCUCACCGACAGAGAAUUCCUCGAGAACCUCAAGAACCUGGAGCCGCGGCCGCGCCCCGACACGCUGGCGGUGAUCAGCGAGGGGCAGGGCAGCCUCAGCUCCCGUAGCAGCCGCUCCGGCAGACUGCUCUCCAGAAUCGCCGAUUCCGUCCGUAGCGGAAGCCGGACGCCCACGCCUUCCUCGUCCUCCUCAGCGUCUUCCACCCGCGCCACCACCACCAAGCUCACCUCCACCUCGCGCUCCUCCACACGCAUCCACGGGGACAUCAUCCGCGAGCCGCGUAGGACUUCCAUGCGGGAGUCCGCCCUGCCCUCGCCCCAGGAGUACACGCCCUUCCCCUCCUUCAGCCCCUCCAUCGUGCCCCUCACCCGCGACGGCUCGGGGCGCUUCAGGAGCAUCGAGGACCUGGCCGAGGCCGCCUCCACGCCGCCCCAGGACCCCGUGCUGCUGGGCAAAAAGAAGAAGCACUCCACGCUGCCGCCCAACCUCACGCCCGGAGACGUCAAGAAGGAAAACAAGGAGCUGCGGCGCGCUACCUCCCUCAUGGUGGGAAAGAAGAACAAAGACGGCAGCGAAGGAUCCAAGUUCAGGUUCAACAUCUUCCGCGGGUUCUGGCGUCGGAAACAGUACUCCUUCGACAACAAAGUAUAGAGUUAAGUCACCACUGAACCCAAGCCACACGGACGCCAUCUAGCCAGCCAGCCAGACAGUCACAGACACACGCCGCCACAGAGCCUGGGUGGGUUGGAGAACGUGGAAAGUUACCUUGCACUUCAUUACCAGCCCGCAUUGACCGACAUACAGACAGGCACCGAUAUAGCAGCGGGCUUGAGGGCUGAGUAGCACGCGUGGUGAACUGCGGUUAGGAGAGCGACAUGGUAUAUCGUUUUUACCGGUGGUGAAUGAGGGCGACGUGAAGGCAGGCAGCUCGCGACCUUGUACUGCUUCAAAAAACAAGUAAUGCACCGGCGUGACUUUGAAAUCAGCGCGGGUGUGUUUGAGGCAGCGGCGAGGAACGGAGUGAUGUGUGUUGUGGGGAGUGAGUGACCUUGACGAGACCAACCGACCGCUCUUUUACCCGCCACUAGCACCCCCUCACCCCACCAGCUCCGCCCCGCCGUCGCCGCCGCCGCCUCUCUCUGGUCUGGGCCAAGGGCGUUAGGAAACCUCUCAGCUGUUAUUGCAGACUCGAGGGCUUCAUCAUCGCAUUAUUAGUGUAUAGGUAGCAGUGUUGUGAAGGUGAGAGAAGGAGAGAUGGUGGUAGUUGUGUUGUUGGCGGUGGAGUGAUGUGGGUCAGAAUCAGAAUGCAGUGUUAUGUUUGUCUCGUCUUCUCCGUAACGUCGUGACGCCACAUUUCCCACGGUUAUGUGACACUUGGAGUAUGAGAGAGAGAGAGAGAGAGAGAGAGAGAGAGAGAGAGAGAGAGAGAGAGAGAGAGAGAGAGAGAGAGAAUGCUACACGCGGUUUCCACUGCCUGCUAUAAUAUAAUUCGUCCGGCAGUGGUCGUUACAUCCGGAAGUGAAGAUUAACAUACAAAUUACUCGUCUGGUAAUACUUUCCCCGCUGUUGCACGAGAGAUUGGUCGUUUUUUAUAAUAAUAUACCUGAAUUAGAUCCUUCCGUAUGGCUAGUUCGUCCCUCGUCGCAGCUUUUAUAUUAAUAUUAAAGUAACGUCCCUUUAUGAACCCUCCACCUGACGCAGAAGGUCCUGGUAUCUGGUCGUAACUCGUCAGGUAACAAGCCGUGGCCGUUCCAAGUCAAAGAAGUAAAUAUCUGCAGUUAAUGAUAAGUAACCAAAGAGUAAGAGGUAAGAGAACGUGGAACAUUAAAGGAAAUACUGAAGAAUACAGCAGAUAAAACUAGUGGUCAUGAUGGGUCAGUCAUGGCUCUAGAGACUAUAAGGUAGGUAAGUGUAGCUGCUAUCACGGGUCUAGCGAAGGCUGGGAGAGUUUGGUCACGGCUCAAGUAACGUUAUGAUAGAUGUGGUGGAUGUGCUCGCGUCCCCCUGCCUGUGAGCCGCCAUGCCACGGCUAUUCCGCCAGUGAAUGGCUGCAAUGGACGUUUACAAAUGGAAGCAGGUGAUGCACAUAGUUACCAGACGCUUUGCGAAGGCCCAUCAGCGGCGUCACAGUGGCGUGGGAUGAGGCUCUAUAUCGGUCAUGGUCCCGGCUAUUGGUACGGAAUAGGAUGCUAAACUGGGACAAGCUGAAGCGCUCUCAACUGUUUGAUUGCGACACUGCAUGGAAAAAUUAACAGUUUUUAUAAACUGAUGAAAAUUUAAUAUCGAGUCUUUCAGGAGCUUGCAGAUAAGUCAGAGAUGCUUGAUUAUGACACAUGAAAAAGCAAUGCAGAUGGAGUUAAAAGUAAACUAAUGUCAAAUGUUCAUUCUGAACUAACUUCAGGAAACAUAGAUAAGCCAGAGAUACUUCUGUUUAUCAGCAUUUCUUACCUGGAAGCUGUUAUGUUCCUUUGUGACAUACAUGCCUUUUAUAUCACAGCUUCCUUGCCCCCAAAGAAUCAGGGUCACCUUACCUCUGCCUGCAUCACUACAAGGCGUGCACUCACUUGCCUUACAACCAGGGUUACCUUACCUCCACGUGCAUCACCUUUCACCCGCCUUACUUACAUGGCCACCUACACGUAGAUGACCAAACUUGCCUAAGCUGUGUAGACCUGUGAAUAAGCAACCAUUGGCUUCGUGUGGCCAGCUGUCUGGAAAACCACAUUCCACAUAGAUUAAUAGUGGAAAGUACACCAUAUUGAUUUCCGGGACGAUUUUAAUGAUUAUAUAAGUUUCCGUGAAGCACAGAUGGUGUCUGACUUGACUGAUGAAGAGGAUUGAUUUAUCACUAAGAACUUUCUUGAGAAACCCUUCGUACACUACUGUAAUCAAAUCAAUGGUACACAAGUUUAUUCAUUACAAACCGUCCGAAAAAUCAAUCAAGCCUUCACUGGACAGGAAUUAGGAAAGAACUGUUACUUUCCUUCAAGAUCUGAUUCUUUUCUUUACUGUGUGAGUUUCAGCUUACACAUUUACCAGAACUUAAUAAAAAGUGGUAAAGGUAAACCUCAACAUAUGCUGACAUUUAUCUAUCAGCAUUGGAAGAGGUCAGUGUAGUUCUGGCUUGAGUCCAGAGAUCUCAUAAUUAUUGGUGCCCGGUCACUGCACUAACCACACACAUCUAUUGACAACCGGCCAGAUCUCUAAACCAACCAUGUUCCCAGUCCAAGAUGGCACAAAAAUACAAAAUUUUCCAAGUUGAGCUUUACCGUACUUACUUGCUCCCUCCAGCCUUUAAGUCUAAACCGGUGGUAAACCUUGCAGCCCUCAACCCGAGGGUUCCAAGUAUAGACAGUAACUGACCCUCAUAUCAAGUCAUUUAGGCGUGACCACCGAUGCGUGACAAGUGUCAGGGCAAAUAAUGGUGUCACAUCACUCACUAUACUUGGUGGACCCCACACUAUAUAUUAUAGAUAGAUCAUGAGUUGCUGUGUAUAAGCUUGAUGAAUAUUUAAGAGUUGUAAAAAUGCUUGUCUUACGGAGAGGGUUAAAUUCCUAAUAAUAUCUGGUAAUGUACAAUAUGAUUUGUAAAUACUACAUACAUAAACUUACUCACACUUACUACAUACACCCUUUUUUUUUAUGCUUCUGAGGGUUUAAAUAUUAAACUGAUAGCUUAUGUACUACAUGUAUAUACGUAUAUAUUAUAUAUUCCAUAAACUUCCUAGUGGCUGCUGUGUAAAUGGUGUUGCCUCCUCUAUAUGAAGCCUGACUUGCCAGACUGACUGGUCAAACCUUCAUCCCUUCGCAUAUAUGCCUUGAUUUUUAACCAGAUUAAUUUUUUUCUACAACUCAAGGAUCUCAGGCAGUGUUGUGAAGCUGUAGCCAGACGUCCCUACCUUGUUCCCGUGCAAGUGGCUCGGUAUCUCGCUUAUACUGGCAAAAUUAUCAAAAAGAUUGCUCAGGAACAUGAUUAUUGAUGUUCCCUGGAUAUAUUUUUCAUUACUUGCAGAUACGUGCUUUAACAUAAACUACCAACAGCAGUGUACAGGAUUUUUGCGAGUCUCUCUGACAGCUAUCCUUGUGUAGUCAUUAAUUAACACAUUAAGGUGAAAUCACAAGCUUUUAAUUCAUCUAGGUUAACACGGAUUUGCGCUACAAUCAACAUUUAUCAAUAUAUAUAUAUAUAUAUAUAUAUAUAUAUAUAUAUAUAUAUAUAUAUAUAUAUAUAUAUAUAUAUAUAUAUAUAUAUAUAUAUAUAUAUAUAAAACUAAGUCAGAGCUGGAAUAUAUUGAUUUUUUUUUCAUUAUUAUUUUAGAAUCAGGUUCAUCUGGGAUUGCUGUGGUGGCGGUAAUCCAGUCAUCCCACUCAGUACUUAAUGUUAUGCCAGCUCACGCUUUCUCCAGCCUGCACAAACAAAGCCGCCCACAACACAUUGCACCACACACAAACACACACAUUCAAAUACUCGUGCUUGUGUACGAUCCAGGCUUCCCAGAAAGAGCCUUCCAUUCAUCGCGCCGAAGCAACUGUGCUAUGUAUUUUUUUAACAACUUUAUUUGCAGAUUUUUAUUAACCUGUAAACCACAUGAAAAUAAACUACUAGAUGGAC